AUGGCAGCCAAUUUGAUAAAUCGUUUAUGGCAAUCAUUUCUUCAAUUAAAUCUUUUCAAAAAGUCAUCGAGUACUGAUCAAACUCUUUCAAAAGAACUACUUUCUACUCGUAUAUAUGUCUGUUUAUUACUUGUAUCUUUAAUUGCAGUUGCAAUAAUUACUUCAUUUAUGAUUCGAACUAUUGAGAAAACUGAAGAUACACCUUCUCGUACACGAUUUUUACAAUUAACGAAUAGCUAUUCAAAUACUUUGUAUUGUCCAUGUUCAAACCAUGCUAUUACAUACAGUACAUUUGUUACAACUGAAGUUGAUUUUCAUCAAGUUUGUUCAAGUGAAUUUAUUGAACAAAUAUGGAUUGAUAAGUUAUUUACAAAUGAAAAUAUUUCAUUUGAAUCUACAGAAGAUUUUCGUGUUACUUUGAGUUUCUUUUGGCAAAUCAUUGCAGGUUUAUGUAUUGCAAGUCGAAGAAGUUGGGAUGAUGCUGUAGCAAAUUUUAAUACAUCACGUAUUCUUACUCCAGCAGUAUCUGUCGAAGAAACUAUUCGAAGUCAAGUUCAAACAACAUUUAGUAGUCAAAUCAAUUUGACUCAAACAGCACUGGCUCAUACUUUACUUGCUAUUCGUCUUAUGACUAGUGGAGAUCAAAGUGUAUCAGCUUUACAAACAAAUUUUCAUUUACGUAUUUUAUCAUCUGGUUUUAUUCGAAUGACUCCUCGAUUGUUCAAUGAUUGUUCCUGUUUGAACAUUGAAGGUUGUCCACGUCCUGCUACAUUUAACGAUAGCUAUGGACAUUUAAUCACUAUACCAGGAAUGAUAAUGGAUUGUUUGAUGCUUGAUGCUACACUCGCUUCAACACUUGAAUGCUAUUAUAAUCAAACAUGUCUUUCUCUCUUACAUCAAUCAUUAUCUACAGAUAUAAAGCCAUUAUUAAAUAAUUCACUUGAACAUUUUUCUUCAAAUUCAACAGUAGAAACACUUUUAAAUGAAUUAAUGAUUGAUAAAAUGAUAAUUAAUACUGAUUUUGAUUUAUAUUAUUCAGAAUGUAAUCCCCCAUAUUGUUCAUAUUCAUAUACACGUCGUUUUAAUAUUGCUUUUAUUAUUACUACAAUUAUGGGUACAUUUAGUGGUUUAUCAUUUGGCAUAAAAUUGCUUGCACCUUUCAUUGCCAAAAUAAUACUACGUCGAAAAAAUCGUGUUGUACCAGUUGAAAAUGUAGCACAGAUACAGGUAUCAUGGCAGCAUCGAUUUCAUACAAUACGGGGUCGCAUUCGACUUGUACCACAGUCUAUUAAAGAAAAAGCCGUUUCUUUGAAUCUUUUUGAAAGUUCCAAACCGCGUACUCCUACUAAUAUUUAUCGUGAACGACUUUUAACACGAUUCUUUAUUGUUCUCAUCACUAUUUCUUCUAUUGGUGUUGGAUUCUACGUAUUUCUCAUUAAACAAAAUCAAUUAGUAACAAUUCCUCAUCCAUCUAUUACUAUCUAUGAACAAUUAUAUAAUGACCAUUCAACUACAUUACAAUGUCCUUGUUCACGAAUAUCUAUUCCAUAUGAAGCGUUUCUUAAUGUCACAUUUAGUUUACAUCAAGUAUGUUCAAGUGAUCUAAUUUCACCAGCAUGGUCACACUAUCUGACAUUAUUGAAUCCAACACUUGUACCAGAAUGGUCAAAUGACUUUAUGCCUACCCGUGACUUUCGGAUAAUGGGUGCAUCUUAUUUUCAACUUUUAGCUGCUUUGUGUUCAAUGGCUGAUAUUAGUAUUGCCGAUGCACAACGAGUAUUCAAUAAUACUAAAUUCAUAAAUGAUCGUGUUCUUGCUCCAUCAAUUUUUCGUCAGAAAACCCGAGCGAUAAUAGAUUCAUUUAUUAACACAACACGCAACAACUUUGUGCGUACAUUUGAAUGGAUUUAUGUUACACUUAUUGCUAGUCAGUUUUUUAAUGGAGGAAACAUUAAUUUUGAUAUUACUUUAAUCACUGAUGAUCAACUUUCUAUUAAAUCCACUAAUUAUCAAAUGUUUUCCACUUUUACAGAGACAGGUAUUACUGCUUCGACGUUGUGUACAUGUUCAAUGGGCUACGACGAGUGCUUUAUUAUACCUCUAUUAUAUAUAAAUGCAUCAUAUUUUGAUGAAUUUCCAAUAACUUCUUUUUUUCAAAUGGUACAUAUCGGUUGUACACCUUUACUUGGAUUUCUAAAUUCGAAGAUUGGAUGGUGGUAUAACAUUACAUAUCUAGAAUACAUUAAAGAAACUUAUUCAAUCGUUAUUAAGUCUCAGCCACCGCCAGAUAUAAAAUCUCUCAAUGCAUCAAUAUUUACUCGAUUUGGGGACGUAACAACGCAAGAUUUGGUUCGUGAAAUGUUGUUAGAAACAAUAAUAAGUAAUAAUACACAUUUUGAUCAAUUCUAUAAUGAAUGUUUACCUCUAUCUUGCACAUACACAAAUAAACAACGUCGCAGAAUUCUAGCAUCAUUACUUCUUCUUAUUGCUUUAUGUAGUGGUCUAAACAAAAUUUCUCGAAUACUUAUACCAUUGUUUGGUAAAAUUAUUUUCUCUUGUAUUGAUUGGUGGAAAAGACGUCAUACUCGACGAGAUCAUCCUUCAGAUGAUAUUACUUGUCCUUGCACACAUAUAUCAAUUCCUUAUGGUAACUUCAUCAAUGAAUUACAAGUCGAUGCAUUUCAUGAAGCAUGUACAGUAAAUGCAAUUUUUGAAAUUUUGACAGAUGAGUCUCGUGAACGAUUCGAGAACGAAAUAAAUGAUACUAUUAAUCAAUUUCAAAAAAGAAUACCAAUCAGUUUUGCUCAAACAUUAGAUCUUCUUCGUAUGACUGCACAAGGAAAUGCUUUAUUAGCAAUGUUUUCAUCGAAUUGGAAUCUAAUCAGAGCUGGAAUAGACGCAGAAAGAAAUACUUCAUUUGUUACUAUACCUAUCAUUCAUAACAAUACAGAACAAAAUACAAGUUGUUCUUGUGCUACUUUACAAACUUGCACAAUGCCAGUAAAUUUAUCUAAUUCUAAUGAAACGAUGAUCAUUGAUGGCAUGGUAUUUGGCUGCAAUUUAUUGGAGACAGUAUUGCUUUCAUCAUUAUCUUGUUUGUAUUCUGAAACUUGUUUUAUUAAUCUUCGAAAUUUACUAGGUGCAGGUCCUCGUCCUGUCAAACACUUGAACGAUUCAUUAACACGAUUUAGCGUCAAUGAUACAAUCGAGACAAUGGCAUAUCAAAUGUUUAUCGAAUCAUGGACAAACAAUGUAUCUUAUGAAAAUUUUUACGAAAGUUGUUCUCCAAAUUAUUGUGUCUAUACAUACCGUUCUCGAUUCGAUGUACGUGAAAUGUUAACUACAUUUUUGAGUGUAUUUGCUGGUUUGUCUUUCGGAAUUCGAUUCAUUGUUCUUUAUCUUGUGAAAAUAUUUCAAAAGAUCAAACGUCGAUUUCGUAUCGUACCGACGCAAUAA